CCUCCUCCUUCCGGGCAACGUACGAUCCAUCGCAUCGUCGGCAGCGCCGCGCGCAUGCUCAGUAGAGGGCACUGCUCUACAGAGGAAGAAGGGCAAAGUCGCACCUGGCAUGAAAAUUAAGCGCGCAGGCGGGCGGUAGCCGAGCAGUGCCCCUCUACUUUCCUUUUGCACCCCAUAUCUCCUUUCCUUCUCCUCCCCACCAGCAGCAGUUGCAGCACCCAGCGCCAUGGUGCUGGACAGCUUGGCCCGUAUCAUUAAAGUGCAGCUGCCUGCCUACCUCAAGCGCCUGCCGCUGCCAGAGAGCAUCAGCGGCUUCCUCAGACUGACAGUUUCAGAAUGGCUGCGGUUAUUGCCUUUCCUGGGUGUCCUGGCUCUGCUUGGAUACCUCGCUAUUCGUCCAUUCCUUCCCAAGAAGAAGCAGCAGAAAGACAGCUUGAUCAAUCUCAAGAUCCAGAAGGAGAAUCCCAAAGUAGUGAAUGAAAUCAACAUUGAGGACCUAUGUCACACGAAGGCGGUGUAUUGCAGGUGUUGGCGCUCAAAAACGUUCCCUGUCUGUGAUGGUUCUCACAACAAGCACAAUGAGUCAACAGGAGAUAAUGUGGGUCCAUUAAUACUCAAGAAGAAAGAAGUCUAGCAAACUCCUAAUUAAACCACGACUGAAGGGAAGUUUCACUUAUACCCACGUGGGGUAGUGCUUUCAGUCUAAUAAUUGCCGUAGACUUUUUGAUAUCUUUUUAGGUCAUUUAGAUUUAUAGACUGUGCUAGACAUGUUGUGAUAGUUUGUAUGGUCUGAAAAAUCAUGUCUAACAUAAAAAGGCUGUAUAAA